AUGCAAGCUCAGCAGAAGAAGACUCAGGAGAAGGUCGACGGUAUGGCCCGAAGAGACGACGAAGAACCGUUAGAUUCCGCUGCCGCGGCCGCUAACGGAACCAUGAAUCGUCCCACACGAGUUGGCAAGCGAGCCGCUUUUGAGCUCGAACAAAUCAACCGUCGUCUCGAAGAGUUCGACUCUAAAGUGCAUCACGCCACUAGCUCUGCUCCGGAACUGACAAAAGCACUUGCCGAUACCCAGAAGAGCCCGCUCACUCGUAGGAUUCGCCGAAUCUAUCAGUACGACAGUGUUUGA